GAGCGGAAAGGGUUUACUUUCGUGCGUAUACACUUACCUUGACGAAAAGCGGGAUUGACGCACACGCACUGCAAGCAGAGAGAUGAUUUCUUCGCAAAAAUUGUCUUCGGCGGACAGCCCGCUGUCUUUUGAACGAUUUCAGUAUUUUUGCGGAAGACAGACGCAAGUUAUCAAGCAACACGAUUACGCACCAGCUGCAGCUUGAUGACGCAAGCGUACCGCGGUUCGGAUACAAAUAUAUAAUGUGAACACAGUCCAUCGGGGGGAGGGGGGAAGCAAUCGAACUCGGGUUCGGAACAGGCAAUCGAACCAAGUGUGAAAGCCCCCUUAAACUCACAUCAAACUCAUCUUCUUCUUUGCUGUUUUGACUGUGCUUUUGCAGGGCAAAACUAAUUCAUCACAGGGAGUUUUUUAUGAUGGAACAAUACAAUGAGCUGGACUAUAAAAUCCACAAGUUUCAGAAGAGUGUGCAGAAAACAGAACAGGUCAUUCAGGUUCUGGAAGAACAGCAAGACGAGUAUGACAUCAAGAGAAAGACUUGGCCAUGUGGAGUGGAAGUAGAAACAAUAGGUCAAACAACACAACAGGAAGAAAUGGCCAUCAGACAAAUGUUUAUUGGGCUAAAUGAAAAGCGAGAGGUGGUAAUAAAAGAUAUAGCUAAUGUACUGACUCUAGCAGAGCAGAUCCAGCACACACUUAUAUCAGGUGAGGUACCUGAGUGGAAGGAACAGCAACAACUGGCAUUAAUUAGAAGCACACCCAAUCCUUGCCUGGACCAACUGCAGAGCUGGUUCACUGUGGUGGCAGAAUGUUUGCAGCAGAUCCGUCAGCAGCUGAAGAAAGUGCAAGAACUGGUGCAAAAAUUCACCUACGACAAUGACCCACUAACUCUUGGCAAGGUCCAGCUGGAUGAACAGGCCCUUUCUCUCUUCAAAAACCUCAUAUUAAAUUCCCUUGUGGUGGAGAGACAGCCGUGCAUGCCGACACACCCACAGAGACCCUUGGUAAUAAAAAUUGGAGUACGAUUCAAAGUCAAGAUCAAAUUACUUGUCAAACUCCCAGAACUGAUCUGUCAACCCAAAGUCAAAAUGUCAAUAGACAAAGAUUUAUCAGAGAUGGACACAGUGAAAAGAUUUCAUAAAUUCCUUUUGCUAUGUAAUGUUAUUAAAGUUAUGAACUUUAAGGAGUCCAGUGGAUGCCUAGCAGCUGAAUACCCUUUUAUGUCAUUAAGAGAGAAAAAGACUAGCGACAGAUCAAAGGAGCAUUCUCCUCUCCGUAUGUUUGAAGAGCUGCACUUGCUUAGCUUUGAUACUCAGAUCACUCUGCCUGAACUUUGCAUUGAUCUAUCGAUCACAUCUCUGCCAGUUGUGGUGAUCAAUUCGAUAUGUCCGCUGUCUUUAGCCUGGGCCUCCGUCCUGUGGUACAACAUGCUUUGCAGGGAACCCCAAAAUCUGGCAUUUUUCCUGAAUCCCCCACCAGUCAAAUGGGGGCUGCUUUCAAAGGUGAUCAGUUGGCAGUUUUCUUCUUUUACUAAACGAGCGCUGAACUCUGAGCAGCUUAGAAUGCUGGCCGACAAACUUCUUGGUUGUGAAACCCAAGGUGACCCUGAGGGACUCAUCUCUUGGAAAAGAAUUUGGGAGACGUCUGUUAAUGAGCAAAGCGAUCCAAUCUGGCAGUGGAUAUAUGGAAAUUUGGACUUAAUUAAAAAGUACUUGCUUAACAUCUGGAAUGAUGGGUACAUUAUGGGUUUUUUGAGUAAAGAGCAAGAGAAGGCUUUGCUAAAAGACAAACUCCCAGGCACUUUCCUUCUGCGCUUCAGUGAAACCUGUCGAGAUGGAGGAAUCACCAUCACAUGGGUGGAGCACUCACAGAAUGGUGAACCUGUCAUGCAUUCCACGAAGACCUUCACUAGGUCAGAUCUGGUGAUCAUCUCUUUACCGAACAUCAUCCGUGACUAUCACCUCACCUCUGUGGAGAAGGUUCCAGUGAACCCCCUCAUCUACCUUUAUCCAGACAUCCCAAGGGACGUCGCCUUUGGUCGUUACUUUACCAGCCCCUCUGAUGCUAAAAGAGAGAUGGACGUAGACAGACUUCCUGGUGUUUCUGACCCAUAAGGAUUUAGGAAGAAGUAAAUCAUCUUGUUAGUGGGGGGUGCUUGCUUAGGCUUUAGACCUGCUCUCGUAGUCAAAAUGUGACUCUAUAUACAUUUUUGCAAAACUUGUUAUACGUGACUCCAGGUACAAUUCCCUGCAGUUUCCAGGUAAAAUGAACACUACAGGUGCUACAACAACUGCCGUUUUUUUUUUUACUCAAAUCAUGACUUAAAGGUGCAUUUAGUAACUUUUGGCUUAGUGUCAUAUUGGACUUACAAUGACACCUAGUGGCUUGGAUGCAGCAUCAUUUAAAAUCAAUAGUUUUCAUUUUCAGAUGCCAUUGUAGAGAUGUAGUAUUCAGAGUCAGCCAUGAUUACUUUAAUCAGUGAGUUAACGUCUCAAAUAACAGAAUGGUUACCGAGAUUAAGCAAGUAGUAUUCGUCUGAUCAUGUGAUUCCAACACGGAUUUAAGGUGAAUUUUAUAUAUAUAUAUAUAAUUAUGAAUUUUAUAUAUAUAUAUAUAUAUAAAUUCACC